AUGUCCCAAUACGACUCCAUUGGAACACAGUAUGACAUGGUUAAAACCACAUUUUUCAACCGCGUGGAACAAUUUAAUUUCCGGAAACAUGUCGAGCCUUUUCUCCAGAAGCCUCAUACCACUGUGAUCGAUUUCGCCUGUGGCACUGGUUUCUAUUCCCACCUUCUUCUGUCUUGGGGCGCCGCAUCCCUAAUCGGCAUUGAUAUUUCUCAUGCUAUCCUUGCUGGUGCAGUCGCCCGUCUCUCGGCAACUUCCUUUGCCUCUCGUGCCUGCUUCCUCCAAGACGAUGGGUUCCAACCUCAAUGCUACCCAGUUGCUGGCUCCAAAGGCUUCGACGUCGCCACUGGUGUUUGA